AUGGUUUCUUUCACUUCUAUCGCUAUUCUCCUUGGUGCUGGCUCGCUGGCAAGUGCUGCCAGUUGUGGUGGAGGUGGUAGCUUCACUGUGAAUAACGUCAAUGAGAACUUUGGCUCUGUCACUCUCCAACAACGAUCAGCUCGAAUUUUCCACCAGGGCAAUGCUCAAAUCUGCAUUGUAAACCGCGCUCCCAAUACAGUCGUAACAAUCACUGGUACCCAAGUUAACGGCGCCAUCUCCUCCGUUCUCAACCAGUGCUGCACGAAUGCCGGAAACUGCGGUGGUGGACAGGAGAAGGUCACUGGAUCUAACGGCAAUGUCAUUGAUCUUUCCGUCCAGGCUUCUGGACAGAACUGCUCUGCUUAA